AGGGACAACCCGGAAGGACCCGAGCCGCGGCCGCAUCUCUCCCCAGGACACAAAGUCCCACUAUCCGGCCGGCCUUUUUGCCCAGGCGUCUGCAGCCAGGAUGGGGCGGAAGGUGACUGUGGCCACCUGUGCGCUCAACCAAUGGGCCCUGGACUUUGAGGGCAAUUUGCAAAGGAUUUUAAAAAGUAUUGAAAUCGCCAAACACAGAGGAGCAAGAUACAGGCUUGGACCAGAACUGGAAAUCUGCGGCUAUGGCUGUUGGGAUCAUUAUUACGAGUCGGACACCCUCCUGCAUUCGCUCCAGGUCCUGGCGGCCCUUUUGGAGUCUCCGGUCACUCAGGAUAUCAUCUGCGACGUGGGGAUGCCUGUGAUGCACCGAAACAUCCGCUAUAACUGCAGGGUGAUAUUCCUCAACAGGAAGAUCCUGCUCAUCAGACCCAAGAUGGCCUUGGCGAACGAGGGCAACUACCGCGAGCUGCGCUGGUUCACGCCAUGGGCCAGGAGCCGACAAACAGAGGAGUAUUUUCUCCCCCGGAUGUUACAAGACCUGACGAAGCAGGAAACUGUGCCCUUUGGGGACGCUGUCCUCUCCACGCGGGACACCUGCAUCGGGAGUGAGGUCUGUGAGGAGCUCUGGACGCCCCACAGCCCGCACGUGGACAUGGGCCUGGACGGGGUGGAGAUCUUCACCAACGCCUCGGGCAGCCACCACGUGCUGCGCAAAGCCCACGCCCGGGUGGACCUGGUGACCAUGGCCACCACCAAGAACGGCGGGAUCUACUUGCUGGCCAAUCAGAAGGGGUGUGACGGGGACCGGCUAUACUACGACGGCUGUGCCCUCAUAGCCAUGAAUGGCAGCAUCUUUGCCCAGGGGUCCCAGUUCUCUCUGGAUGAUGUGGAAGUCCUCACUGCCACGUUGGAUUUGGAGGACAUCAGAAGCUACAGGGCAGAGAUUUCAUCUCGAAACCUGGCGGCCAGCAGGGUGAGCCCCUACCCCCGCGUGAAGGUGGACUUCGCCCUCUCCUGCCACGAGGACCUGCUGGAGCCUGUGUCUGAGCCCAUCGAGUGGAAAUACCACAGCCCCGCCGAGGAGAUCAGCCUGGGACCUGCGUGCUGGCUCUGGGACUUCUUAAGACGCAGCCGACAGGCGGGGUUCUUCCUUCCCCUGAGCGGCGGGGUGGACAGCGCGGCCACCGCCUGUCUGGUCUACUCGAUGUGCCGCCAGGUCUGCGAGGCUGUGAAGUGUGGAAAUCCAGAGGUGCUGGCUGACGUCCGAACCAUUGUGAACCAGCCCAGCUACACCCCCCAGGACCCCCGGGAGCUCUGCGGCCGCGUCCUGACCACCUGCUACAUGGCCAGCGAGAACUCCUCCCGGGAGACUUGUGACAGGGCCCGAGAGCUGGCCCAGCAGAUCGGAAGCCACCACAUCGGUUUCAGCAUCGACCCAGCGGUCAAGGCGCUCGUGGGCAUCUUCAGCCUGGUGACGGGCACGAGCCCUCGGUUUGCGGUUCACGGAGGGAGCGGCCGGGAGAACCUGGCUCUGCAGAAUGUCCAGGUGCGGGGAGGUGGUGUUAGCGUGCGUGCCCCGGUCCCGGCCUGCACGGUGACGCCCGCUCCUGUGGGCCAGGCGCGGGUGAGGAUGGUCAUCGCCUACCUCUUUGCUCAGCUGAGCCUCUGGUCUCGCGGCGCCCCCGGCGGGCUUCUCGUGCUAGGAUCCGCCAACGUGGACGAGAGCCUCCUCGGCUACCUGACCAAGUACGACUGCUCCAGCGCCGACAUCAACCCCAUCGGCGGGAUCAGCAAGACGGACCUGAGAGCCUUCGUCCAGCUCUGCAUGGAACGCUUCCAGCUUCCUGCCCUGCAGAGCAUCCUGGCAGCACCGGCCACAGCUGAGCUGGAGCCCUUGGCCCACGGGCGGGUGUCCCAGACCGACGAGGAAGACAUGGGGAUGACGUACGCCGAGCUGUCCGUCUAUGGGAGGCUCCGGAAGGUCUCCAAGACGGGCCCCUACAGCAUGUUCUGCAAACUCCUCAACAUGUGGAAGGACACCUGCUCGCCCCGACAGGUGGCCGACAAAGUGAAGCGGUUUUUCUCCAAGUAUUCCAUGAACAGACACAAAAUGACCACGCUGACGCCCGCGUACCACGCCGAGAGCUACAGCCCGGACGACAACAGGUUCGACCUGCGGCCGUUUCUGUACAACACCCGCUGGCCCUGGCAGUUCCGCUGCAUUGAAAACCAGGUCCUCCAGCUGGAGGGGAGACCGCAGCAGGAGCUGGAUGGCGUGGACUGAGGCCGGGCCCUGUGUGGAGGGCUCCCUGCCCGCUGGUGACCAAGAGCGGGAGUGGAGCCCCCUCUGACGUAUUUCAAGGAGAGGGAUCCAUACCGUCUAGUUCCAUUUUUAAAAAGGCUGAAGGAAAGAGGAUACGAUUUUAUUUUUAGUUUUUAAUUAAUUUUUUUAAAAAUUAAUUAAUGAAUUUUUAAUUGAAAUACAUAUUGUUGAUUUACA